AUGCCACCAUUCACCCCUCCGCCCUACACAGUGCCGCCGCCUAAGGGCCACCGGUACUGUCGGUACUGUGGCAAGCCCGUGGAGUUCAAGGAGAUUGGGUACCACAACCGGCGCUACCACGCUGACGUGUGGACGCCGGCUUAUCUGCUGUAUCACGGCGACCCCUACCCCUUCAAGUGCUACUUGCCGGGGUGUGGACUGGCAUUUCGCAAACACAGUGAGUUAAGAGUCCAUCAAGAAAACCACUUGCCGUUUGAUGGGAAUGGAGGCGCCUCGAAGCCUCCCUCAAACAACCAAUCACGGAAGCCCGCCACAGACGCCACCAAUGGCUCCAGGCGGUUUCGCUCGCGUACCCGUCGAGUUAAAUUUCCAAACGGCGUCAUUGAAUUUACAGCACUCCCAAAACCCCCAGCAUACCCGAGAACCUCAGCAUCGCCCCCUCCCUCGCCAUUGUCGUCGGCCGCGACGACUCCAUCAACCACGGACGUCGAGUCUGAUGGCGAGUACCCACUUGACUGCUCGUACCACUCAGAGAAUUACGUCCUCUCAUCGGCCGCUUUCCCUGACCGCCACUGA